CAAUGUCCAAUUUUAACUUGUCCCCAGAUUUAUUCGCAAUGGAAUCCAACGACUCCAUUGAGUUUGCGCCCGGGACUUGGUCGCCAGUCCCGUCUUGGGCUGUGCUGACGCAACCGUCACCCGGGACACCGCCGCCGCCGCCUCCGCCGCCGCCGUCACCUAGUUCAGUACGAUCAUCUACCGAUGAGUUUUGGGAAGACAUGACUAGCACGCUUGAACGUCAACUCGUUCAAGUGUCGACGGUCACAGUUGUCGCUGAAACGCCAUCCCCGCGCAGAUCCUCCUCCUCCUCCUCCAGUGUCGAUGUCAUCGCUGGGACACCGUCACCGCCGCCGCCAGCAACAUCCACCGGGUCUGCCAGUUCGCUUUGGUCCGACGAUGGUUGCAACGUGACGCUUAACCAAAUGCUCCUGGCGGUAGCAGACGCCGAAGAAUUGAAUUGGUGA